GGCCUUUGGCGCCUCUCAGUCGAGGGGCAGUCCGCCUGAGACCUCAGCUGCUGGGGCGACAGCCCACGCGGGACUGCCUGGGAUGCGGGAAGGGGGCCGGGGCCCGACAGGGAGGAAAAGAGGGAGGGAAGUAGCCUAGCAGCCAAGCGGGCACCGUGCGAGCGCACACCGUGUGUGUGUGUGUGUGUGUGUGUGUGUGUGUGUGUGUCUCAUCUCGUCCGUCUGUAGGUGCCGGGCUCAGCGAGACGCCGGCGAGAAGGAAGAGGAGGCGAGAGGUGAACUGAGUUUGAUCCUGCGGCGGCUACAAGCGAUUUCCCCCCACUGUCUCCGCUCCCUUCGCAGCCUCCACUUCCCUUCCCUUCCCUUGGCUCCUUGCUCCUUUUCUGUUUCGGCCGGAGGUGUCAGGACCCCCGGCGGCAGCCUCCCCUCCCCCGCCGCUCCCGUCCCUUCUCGUCUGGCCCUCCCCUCCCCCGCCGCGGCCAGCACAGCCAAUCCCCCGAGCGGCCGCCAACAUGCUCUUUGAAGGCUUGGAGCUGGUGUCGGCGCUGGCCACCCUCGCCGCGUGCCUGGUGUCGGUGACGCUGCUGCUGGCCGUGUCGCAGCAGCUGUGGCAGCUGCGCUGGGCUGCCACCCGCGACAAAAGCUGCAAGCUGCCCAUCCCUAAGGGCUCCAUGGGCUUCCCGCUCAUCGGAGAGACCGGCCACUGGCUGCUACAGGGUUCUGGCUUCCAGUCGUCGCGGAGGGAGAAGUAUGGCAACGUGUUCAAGACGCACUUGCUCGGGCGGCCGCUGAUCCGCGUGACGGGCGCGGAGAAUGUACGCAAGAUCCUCAUGGGCGAGCACCACCUCGUGAGCACCGAGUGGCCACGUAGCACACGCAUGCUGCUGGGCCCGAACACGGUGGCCAACUCCAUCGGCGAUAUCCACCGCAACAAGCGCAAGGUCUUCUCCAAGAUCUUCAGCCACGAGGCCCUGGAGAGCUACCUGCCCAAGAUCCAGCUGGUGAUCCAGGACACACUACGUGCCUGGAGCAGCCACCCCGAGGCCAUCAACGUGUACCAGGAGGCACAGAAGCUCACCUUCCGCAUGGCCAUCCGAGUGCUGCUGGGCUUCAGCAUCCCCGAGGAGGACCUCGGGCACCUCUUUGAGGUCUACCAGCAGUUUGUGGAGAACGUCUUCUCCCUGCCUGUCGACUUGCCCUUUAGUGGCUACCGGCGGGGCAUUCAGGCACGACAGACCCUACAGAAGGGCCUGGAAAAGGCGAUCCGGGAGAAGCUGCAGUGCACGCAGGGCAAGGACUACUCAGAUGCACUGGACAUCCUCAUCGAGAGCAGCAAGGAGCACGGGGAGGAGAUGACCAUGCAGGAACUGAAGGACGGGACGCUGGAGCUCAUCUUCGCCGCCUACGCCACCACCGCCAGCGCCAGCACCUCGCUCAUCAUGCAGCUGCUGAAGCAUCCGGCCGUGCUGGAGAAGCUGCGGGAGGAGCUGCGGGCCCAGGGCAUCCUGCACAGUGGCGGCUGCCCCUGCGAGGGCACACUGCGCCUCAGCACGCUCAGUGGGCUGCACUACCUGGACUGCGUCAUCAAGGAGGUCAUGCGCCUGUUCACGCCCGUCUCCGGUGGCUACCGCACUGUACUGCAGACCUUCGAGCUCGACGGUUUUCAGAUCCCCAAAGGCUGGAGUGUCAUGUACAGCAUCCGGGACACACAUGACACGGCACCCGUGUUCAAGGACGUGAACGUCUUCGACCCUGAUCGCUUCGGUCAGGCGCGGAGCGAGGACAAGGAUGGCCGCUUCCAUUACCUCCCUUUCGGUGGUGGUGUCCGGACCUGCCUGGGCAAGCACCUGGCCAAGCUGUUCCUGAAGGUGCUGGCGGUGGAGCUGGCCAGCACCAGCCGCUUCGAGCUGGCCACCCGGACCUUCCCCCGCAUCACCUUGGUCCCCGUCCUGCACCCUGUGGAUGGCCUCAGUGUCAAGUUCUUUGGCCUGGACUCCAACCAGAACAAGAUCCUGCCAGAGACGGAGGCCAUGCUGAGCGCCACGGUCUAGGGCGCCAGGCCUCGGGGCGGGAGGCGAUGGAAGGGUAGAAACCUGUGUGUGGGAGGGGGCUGGAGCCCGGGGAAGAGGAAGGGCCCCCCAGGCCUUGCCCGCCCCUCUUCCCCUCCCUGGCAAACCUGCCCCAAGUCAAAAGGGCUCUCCGGGGUCGGGCGUUCCCCCUGGCCCCUGCUUCUCUCUAGUCUCUCCAGUCCCCAGCAGCUUAGCUCCCCCGGGAAAGGGCCUGGCCCCCCGCCCCGCAUGCCCAUCACAGUGUUAGAUGUCGGCUGUGCUGCAGCCUUUGCUUGUGAUGUUCUGAACUGGUGUCUCCCCUCCCUUUUCUUUCGGACUCUUUUCAUGUGAGGUCAGGUGGUUGAUGUGGGGGGAGGGAGGAAAAGAGGUGCCCCCUUUGGCCCUCUCUUCAGCACCCCUUCCCCUCCUGCCUCGGCUCAGAUGGGACGAGUGCCCCUCCCGGUGUGGCCACCAGUGCCCGCGGGGAACAGCAUCCUGGGUAAUAGAACACCAGUCACCCUUGGCAGGGUGGGGCCAGGCUGUAACCAGCCUGGAGGCCCACCCCUUGCCGUUUUGGACAUUUGACAUUACCUAUUGCUGCUACUUUUUCUCUCUUCUGACCUUAGGGCAAAGGAGCCCCAGGCCCUGUCCUCCCAGCAUCCUCCCUGGUGGCCCUGGGCACGUGCACUGACACCCGCACCUUUCUGCCAGGCGGCCUGGAGCCCACCCUGCUCCCUGUUACACAUACACCCAAGGCCCUCGGCUCAUGGAUGGCCUUCCCCCCACCCCCAUAUUUAUUCACUAAUAUAACCGAAUCUUGGUGUUACUGGGACUGGAACAAGUAUCUCCUCCAUCCCCUGGCCUCCAUCCCAGCUGUCCCCGGCAGGACUUCUGCAAGUGACCCAGCCACCCC